AUGAAUUUAAGAGGAACAACAGAUAUACUAAAGGAAAAGCAUAAUGAAAGAGAAGGGUUAAGACAAAAUAGAAGACAAUUACUUCUUCAGUCAAAAAGGUUACAAAGUGAACAGAUGAUGGUUAUACCAAAAAAAGUAGGCUGCAAAGAGUUAUAUCAAAAAAUGAAUUUACAAUCAAUUACAUUAAAAGAAAUGUAUAAUAUUAUUUUAACGUUAGAAGAAAUUAUUGAGGCUUCAUCAGAAGUUGAUGAAUUUGAUAUAUUUAUUGAAACAUUAAUAAAAUGGAUUAUAAAUUCAAAAGAUAUAAUGUUACGAUAUCAUGUUAUUACAGUUUUCGUUCUUAUUGCUCAAAAAAAACUUGUUCCUCAUUUAAAAAAUACUACAAUGAAUAUUUCUCAAUUAAUUAUUUCACAAACAAACCAUUCAGAUUUACUUGAUAGAACAUUACGUCUUGUUGGAUUUUAUUUUGAACGUUCAAAUGAUAUUGAAGAUUAUAAUAAAUUUUUAGAAAUUAUCCAUUUAAUUGAAAAUAAAAAAAGAAUUGACAAAAAUGUAUUAGGAACAGUUUGUUGGGCAUUGUUUUUUGUUGUUACUCGUGCUGCAAAACAAAACCCAACAUUUCUUCAAUCAUUUUUUCCUUAUAUAGCUUCGAAUUUAGAUCCUUCUGAUGAUAAUAUUGAAGGUAAUAAUUGUCUUCUUAUUUGUAUUUCACAAUGUAUUGAAUAUAAAGUUGAUUAUAUUGUUCUUUUUGAUCAAUUUACACAUUUUCUUUCAAAAUUAGUAUUAUUUCUUAAGACAGGAGUAGAAAAAUUAGUAUUACCAGCACUACAUGUUAUAGGUCAAAUCAUUGGAUGUUCAGAUGAUUAUACUGAAGUCUUUGUAAAUGAUGGUUUAAUUGAUACACUAUUCUCUAUUUUUGAAUCAUUACCACCUGAUACAAUCUUGUCAGAAGCAAUGUGGGUUUUAAGAAAUUUAUUUAUUCCAGAAGGAAAUCCACACGCUAUUUAUCUGAUAGAAAAAGGUGUAGUUCAGUAUCUCAUUCGUUAUGUUUAUCGGCAAAAUAUUCAAUUUGCAAGAAAUGCUGUUUGGGCAUUAACUACUGCUAUAUUAUCGUGUAAGUUAAGACAAGAUAUGUUGCAAAAAAUGAUAUCUAUUGGAGUUGUUCAACCUAUUAUCUAUGUAUUAAAAAAUCGUUCAUUAUUUACAUCUGAUGAUGUUUUGAAUUGUGUUGACUCAAUUUUAUGUUUAAUGAUACAAGACAAUGUUUCUCCACAAAUAGGAUCCCGUAAUGCAUUUGAAGAAUCAAAUAUUAUUGAUAUGCUAGAAGAAUUAACAGAUGAUAAAAUGAUACAAGGGUUUACUCGUUUAAAGAUUGAAUUAUUGAAAAGUUAUUUUAGUCCAGAUAGAAUUGAAGAAGAAAUGCCACUUUCAUUGUAA